AGUGGGAGGGGUGCACCGCUAAUUUCUAUAUGCCUGUAUGUCAAUUUAGGUCUCAGAUUGCGUUCCCGUGUGUCGCUGUCUGCCGCAGCAGAUCUCAGUGGACGUCCACAGCCUCCGUGUAGGAUUUCUACUUGUAUUUGAUCAGAUGAGACGCCUGGGUCGUGCGUCUACCUGCUUAUAUUGGACCUUUGGAUAUUGCUGCCACUGAAAACGCAUCCGCACACUUGAGUCUCGUGGUGUUUUUGCUUUUGAAGUGACCUGAGUCCGCUGUGUAAUAAAACAGCAGUGCCUGGGGGGGGAAGACUCAUCACAAAACUUUAAAGAAGACUUCGUAACUUUGGAGAUACAGUGGGCAUCGCGGUGAGUUCAUGUGGCUUAUCAUUUGACAGAAGCGGACCGUUUCUCUGGAAAACUUACAGAAGGCUUUUGAAACAUGUUCAGCAAGUGCUCCGUUGUGUUAUUGAGUGUCCUUUUUCUGGUGCGCGCGCUCUCGGCUCAUGAAUGCACGCCGUGCAAUCUACGGACUUGUCCAGUCAAAGCGCCGCACGGCUGCGAGGGUGGCCGGACCUUGGCCAGGGAUCCGUGCGGAUGCUGUGACCAGUGUGCCCGGCUGGAGUGGGAGCCCUGCGGCGGCAAGGACUGGGCGCACGGCUACUGCGCCCUGGGUCUGACCUGCGCCUCUAUCAACCAAACAGGAGUUGCCACUAUCCCUGAAAUUGGAGUAUGUAAAGUGCUUCCUGACCAUCCAGAAGCUGGCCUGGAGGACGAGCACUGUCCGCUGAUGACAGGCUGUGACAGAGCAGGCGGUCAGUGUGUGUGUGAUGCCCGACACUCCUGCUUGGGCUCAUUCACGUACCCAGACCAAGAAACCUGCAUGAAGGCCAGCAAUUCAGAGGGUCGGCGGCACGAGCACCGGGAAAGACACAGAGAGAAGUAUGUGGGGCCAUCCAACCCGGCCUGCAUGUUCUCCGGGUGUAACCUGACCACUGAGGGCUGUGUGUGUGAGUCUCAGAGCUGCCACCACCACUUCGCCUACAUCAACCGCAGCCAGUGCCAGGAAGCCGCAGAGGAGCUGAGGUGUGCCGGGGUGACAUGUCCCGAUCUGCAGGUGCCGUCCUGCCCCAAGGGCUCAGUCCUGACCAAGAGUUACACACCCCCUGCUGGAUGCUGCCCCUCCCUACCACCACAGUGCACUUGCGACCUCCGUGCCUGCCACAAGCCCCAGUGCCCGAGCGGACAACGUGCCGUGCCACUCAGCCAAGCCAGUGGCCAGCCAGGAGACUGCUGUGACGUCUUUGAGUGCCAAAAAGUGUCUCCCAAGUGUGUCCACAAUGGGAAGGAGUUCUCAGAGGGGGAAGUGUACCGCAUGGACCCCUGCUGGCUGUGUCAGUGUCGAGGAGGAAUCUCCUUCUGCUCCAAGGCAGAGUGCGCUGAGCUGGACUGUGAAAACUUCUACAUUCCUGAGGGCGAGUGUUGCCCUGUCUGCAUAGAUGUGGAGUUACUGUCGAUGGACAGCACUAAGGCCAGUUGCUGGGUGAAUAAUAAGCUGCGAGCCCAUGAGGAGCAGUGGAAAGAGGACGACUGCACCUUCUGCCAAUGUGUGGAUGGGGAACCGCACUGCACAGCCAUGGCCUGCAAACAGAGCUGCCAGAACCCCGUCAAGAUCCCUGGAGAAUGCUGUCCCUUCUGUGAAGAGCCUUCUUAUGAAACAGUUAGCCCCAUGCUGUGUCCUCCCCUGGAAAACUGUUCUCUGUCAGGGAAUGACUGCCCGUAUGGCUUCCAUCAAGACAAAAAUGGAUGUCUGCUCUGCCAGUGUCUCAACAAUGACUCCUGCCCUGACCUGGGAAAAUAUUGUUCCCUGCAAUGCCCAAUGGGAUACGAGAGGGAUGAUUUUGGAUGUGAGGUGUGUGAGUGCAGCAUCCCCAUGCCCAAGUGCCGACCUUUGACCUGCACUAAGACCUGCCCCUAUGGAUAUGUGAGGAACAAGCAUGGCUGCGAGAUGUGCCGUUGUGUCAAGUGUCCCCCCUUCACCUGCGACAAACACUGCAGCGACGGCUACCGACAGAACAGGAAGGGCUGCUCCAUCUGCAUGUGUAAAGACAGUGGCCGUGUCCCAAGCACCACCGUCCCGGCCCCGAUGCCCAGUUAUUGCCUCACCUCCAAUGGGCACAGAUACGAGGAAGGUGACAGCUGGCAUGAUGGCUGUCGUGACUGCUACUGCCACUCUGGAAGGGAGAUGUGUGUGCUCAUAUCCUGUCCUGUACCCAGCUGCGCUAAUCCAGUUGUGAAGCCUGACCAGUGUUGUCCUACGUGUGAGGAUGAGUCAGGCAGUGGUCAGCCAGAAGGGAUGGACAUGGUUGUGUGCAGAGCCCCUGGGGGAGAAUUUUAUGUGGAGGGGGAAACCUGGAACCUGGACGAGUGCACACGCUGCACCUGCAGGAAGGGACGUGUCCUGUGUGACACUGAAGUUUGUCCCCCAGCUCUCUGCCAGACACCUAUCAAGAACAAGGACACCUGUUGCCAUGUAUGCCCAGAGGAGACGCUGAGCCCCUUGCUGCCAGUGAACAACAGUCUGCAGGAGUACUGCAUAACCAGCGAUGGAGACGUGCUGCUGGCUGGAGACUCCUGGAAGGCCAAUGCCUGUACCAGCUGCACCUGCAACAACGGCACUAUUCAGUGUUUCUCACAGCGCUGUCCGGCUGCCAACUGCAGGGUGCCCGUCUUACGCAAGGGCCAGUGCUGCCCACACUGUCUCGAAAUGACAACAUCAGUGCCAGUGAUGGUGUCUACCAACGCCCCCAAGACAACGGUCACUACAACAGUGGAGACCGCAGUGUGGAUCACCACUGUCACUAUACCGCCCAUCAUUGCUGACACAGAUGAGCCAGGUUUGGGUGAGAAUUACCCCAGCCAAACAGAGAUGGCCCUCAUCUACCAGUCAGCCGCCUGGAUCCUGGCAGGCCUCCUCCUGGCUAUCAUCAUCUUCCUCAUUGUGGCAUUACUCAUCAACAAGAAAAAGAAGUGGGUGCAGAUGUCCUGCUACAGUGCACCAAAGAAGACGGUGAUUCUGAAGAAGCAUGUAAACAAGAACUCGGUGGUCUAUAUGGAGCCCUCCAAGGAGAACAAAUUUCAGAAUGUGAAGAACGACUGUGGGAUCAUCCACUUCUCUCCAGAAAUGAGCUCCCCCUCUGGGGACAAGAUGACCAUCCCCAGGGCCAAGCUGAGCAUGGGCAAUGACUGGACGCCGCGCUAAAAACACCUCUCAAACUCAGCCGAUCAGAGCUGUCCAGCACCUCCCACUCUCUCUUUACUGCUGUAUCCACGGUGAUUUGUGUAUCAUUACACGCACCUUGGGCGCUGCCUCGUUCCCACCCUUCUCUCUGUGUGACAGUACAACUGAGGAUGCUCUACAAGAGACAAAACAAGUGACCUCUGUUUCUUUUAUUAUGUGUCCAUAUUCUUUUGUGUUUGGACCUUUACCAUGGCAACUGGGUGGAGUGAGAUGCUGGGAGGUGGAUGGACAGGUGGACAGGAAAAAAAAACAAAAAAAAAAACGGACACAGCCACGCUCUGCUUUACCGCAGAGAAGGAGGCGGCCAGAGAGGCUCCUCUGUCAGAAUCAGACUUUUGACUGUGAACAUUGUAAUAUCAUUGCUUAUUAUUGCCUCCUUUUGAAACUGGAACUUUGAGGCAAGAAGAGGAAGAUAAAAAGCUUUAGGACGGGGGUUUGGGCUGUAGUUUAAAGGGGUGUACAGGAUGCUGCCCCACUGAAUGCAGCUGUGCUUCAUGGAUGUAAUCAUUAUCAUCAGCAGGGAGGCCAAAGGAACUGAUAAUCCAGUUGGAUCAAAUUAUGUUAAGCAGCCAAAUCAUAACAUGUGAGCAGCGCUUUAUAGACCCCCAGAUCCUAACCCCUGCUUUAGAAUGUGUGGUUUCCAUCUUAGUUUUUGUAUAUUGCUACAGUAUUUGUACUAGUUGUAGUGUUGUUCUUGGCCACCUCUUGUUUUUAUUGUGGGUGUCUACAUGGGGCCAGAUUAAAACAUUUUGAAAAUGCUAGUCUAAACAUUCCCCCCAUCAUGUUCAGGAAGGACACACUUCCCAAAUAAUAGACUUGACCUGAGUCAUUCCAUUCAGAAAACUCCCCCAACAACAAACCGCAAUGUGUCCGAGAUAGAGUAACCAAUACAGUCUUUCCACUCAACCUCACCCAACCUAGGCUCUUCCAGAAGGAAUCAGUCGUACUUCAUCAUCUCAAAAUCUCAGAGUUGAAGUCAAAGUGGAGUGAUAUUCAUCCAGGAAGAAUGUCAUUUUAUUGACUGCAGAGGAGACAAAAUGGUGCCAGACGCUUCAUCUGGACCUAUGAGGAAUGUCUUUGAUACCACGCUUCAUAACUUUAUUCACAGCUGUGUGUGUGUGUGCGUGUGCGUGUGCGUGUGUGUGUAGCUACUGUUCACACCGAAUGUUAGUGAUGGUUCGUAAUAAUUCUUUUUAAAGCCUUAAUUCUAUAGCCUUAAUGCAUUUUCUUUGUUUUCUUGUUUUCAUUUAAUAACUGUGCUAGCCGAUAUCAAGAAAUCUUAAAAAAAUGGUAAUAUAUUCAUCCAAUAUUCAGAUUGUUUGUGUCGUACAGCAUACAGUUGUCACUGAUGGUUCUCAUCAACUCAUCAUAUACUAGUGAAAUAUGUGACAUGUGGAAACACGAGAGUCUAAGGGGAGCUUGUGAGUAACUGUACAUAAUUGUACACAUUACAGCAUCAGAGCGUGUUAAAGAGACGUAGCACUUUUCUUUGGAGCCAGUGUUUUUUAGAAAGUCCACUGUGGGAUUCUUGGAGGGAUAAAGGCCCUAAUCAGGGAUUUGAUAGGCAUAUUAAGCACACGGAGAUGUUAAACCACUCAAGUGAACACGCUGUUGCAGCUGGAGGCUCCGUACCAAUCUGAUCAGUACGGGGAAGGAUAGACUCGAAAAGCAUUACGAAAUAAAUCGGGGUUUCAAAGGAAAGGCUUUUGGAUCAGAGUUCUCAAUCCAUUGCCAAUUUCUCAAUAUAAAGACCAUUCUGAUGCCAAAAUUGGUUGGAGACCAAUUUAUAUUGAGGUGUUUUAGUAACUCAGUAGAUCUGUGUCGGUUUGAAUCAUGACCAUGUGCUUUAAAAUGAAGAGACGACUGUAAAAGCUUACGCAAUUCUUUGUUCUUCUAUGUGUAAAAAAAAAAAAAAAAAAAGAAAAAAAAAGUAGUUUAAAUUAGUAGGACAGAAGAGUACCUUAUUUAUUUUUUCACAUAGCUUUAUUUAUUAAUACUAAACUAUAGUUUGAGUUUUGUUUUUUGUUUUUGAAAAAUGAACUUUGGUAGCCAAAGCUGCUGUACAUUUUAGACCAUUUACCAUUUCUAUCUACUAUAUUCUAUACAACCUUAUUUAUUUCACUGUUGCAAACCUUGUAAAUAUGUUUCCUAGAUGAUGAACUGUAACAUUUACACUUAUUUUGAAAAAUAAAUGUGUGAACCAAAGUGGCCUGCACUGAUGAUACUUAAAGUGGGUUGGAGGAACAACCCCCUAAGAUUGAGUGAUGUCAUCCAAGAUGGUAUCUGUUAGUGGUUUUUACUUCACUUGCAGAAUUGCAAGCUCAUGCACAUCUGGUCUUUGACUUCUGCUCCAAAUGGGAGAUUUGUCUUCUCUUAGUUCCUUUAAAUCUGAUUGUUUUCUCUUGCUUACCAUGGUUGUUCUCUUAUCUCGGUAGCACAAACAGAUGUUUAGUGGUGGUGGGUUGUUUCUGAGGGGGGUUCUCUGAGAUCUGAGUACUUGCGAAGAGCAAGUAGACUUUCUCAUCUAUCCAAAGGCCUAAUAAAACACCGGAAAACACAAAGUCAUGCAAGCCAGACCUGGAAACCUGGAUAAUCCUCGGUGCAGACUGCGCUGUUGUUUUGACUUGUCCGUCAAAGCUUGCUCAUAAACUUCAAGGUGAGGAAGCCUCUCCGGAAGGAUCAAUAAAGCAAACAUUAGGGUCAGUUUCCCAGGCCUUAAUACAUCAAAAACUGUAUUACAAACUUCAGACUGCAAAAACUUGCUCCAUUCAAGAUAUUUAUAAAAUUUACCAGUCUCAAACUUAACUGACUGAAUCCAUCAAAUGAGUUGUUUUAGUUGUGUAAGUU